AUGGUUCUGUUGCAAGAGGCGAUAGCACCUGAGGAAGGACCAGAUGACCAUUUAUUGGAGGAUUUGGACAUUCUGGAGUUAUCUACAGAAGACGAGGUCAACACUAAGAUCAAAAAACAUUCUUUGGUCGGGAAAACCAUCACAGAAAGGACGAUCAAGAUAGGCCCUCUCCGCGCAAUCCUAUCUAAGGCGUGGCCACUGCAUGACGCUAUGGAGAUUCACGAACUAGAGAGAAACAUUUUUCUCUUUGUUUUUAAGAGCGAAAGCGAUAAGGUUCGGGUGACUCAACAAAGCCCAUGGUCAGUUAUGGAAAACCACCUUAUGCUCAAAGAUUGGUCAGAAGAUGCAGUUUUAGAGGAGAUAGACUUCACUCUGUCAGAAUUUUGGGUUCAAGUCCACAACUUACCACUCUCCUACAUGACAAGAGCUAAUGCCGAGAAAAUCGCAGCCAUGUUUCCAGGAAUGGUAGAGCUGGACUUUGAUUCCGAUGAGGAUGUAAGAUGGAACGGAGUUCUUAGAAUGAAGGUGCGGUUGAAUGUGGAGGAUCCAUUAAAAACUGGAUUUUAUCUUCAAAGGAAAGAUAAGCCUCCUUUGUGGGUGGCGUUCAAAUAUGAAAGAAUUCCAUAUUUCUGUUAUCACUGUGGAAGGCUCGGUCAUGUGGCCAAGGACUGCAUCUACAGAAAUGACGGGAGAAAGAAAGGCUCUUACGGUCAAUGGAUGAAAGCCACCCAGCUCAAAUAUAAAACAGUCACAAAAGGCGGUCCGUCUAGCAACCAAAGCUCUUGGAAGAACAAUGAAGGCGGAAGGGAGGCAGCGCGUCCUUCUUACGCAGAUAAAGAGCGAGUCCAAGACGUGGCCCCAACCAAAGAGCUAACACCGGCCAUUUCUGAUACAACAUUUAAUGUCAAACACGCCUCUGCGGUUCCCACUGCUCAAGGUAGCAGUAGCCUGAAAGAACAUUUAAUGCUGCCAGGGCCCAGCUCAGGUUCAAUUGAGGCGGGAAAUGAGUUGGGGUCUUUGGAAAAGAUGGAAGGAAAGCUAAUUGGGCCGACGGAGAAAACAAUUUCAAGCCCAAAUCAGCCCAUGGAAGUAUCUUUGGUGAGUACACUUGGAAAAAGAACUAGAGAUGUGAAUAUGGACCAGGCUGGCGACUUCAAUUUGAACCAAGGCAAACGAUUGAAGAGUGAGCUGAAGGCCCAAAUUAGCAAUUGGGUUUAUGAAUACUACACCGGAAUGUGGGAUGUUUUGCAGGUUGGGCUAGCAGUGGAUUAUGAUUUACUUUCUGAAUUAUUUGGUCAUAAAGAAGGAGAAACUAAGUCCAACAUAAUCGAAAGCUGGGAAAAAUCAGCCAAAGGGCUUGGACAACCAUCGGCAAUUCGAGCUCUCAAGGGGCUCAUCCAUGCACACCGUCCCUCCAUUGUUUUUCUAAGUGAAACGAAGCAAAGGAGAAGUAAGUUAGAAAGUUUAAGAAAUAGGUUGGGUUUUGCUGGCAGUCAUUAUGUCGAUCGUCGAGGCAGAUCAGGGGGCUUAGCUCUAUGGUGGAAUAGCGAUUUCAACUUGGAAGUUAUAGCUGACUCCAGGAAUUUCAUUGAUGUUGGAACUGAUUUAGGUGAGCAGGGCAGUUGGUUUUGUACUUUUAUUUAUGGUGAUCCUAGAAGGGAAGGUAGAAGAGCAGUGUGGGAGCAAAUCUCAAGAUUAAGAGGAAACUCUGAGGAACGUUGGUGCUGUCUAGGCGGUUUUAAUGCAGUGGGCUCGCAAAGUGAGAAGAGCGGAGGUCAUCCAAUUGACAGAACACAAGCCGAAAUAUUUACAAAUUUUCUGCAAGAUUGUAAUUUGAUGGAGAUUGAGAUCCAUGGUGCAAACUUCUCUUGGUCCAACAAUAGAGAGGGGGAAGAUAAUAUUUUGGAGAAACUUGAUAAAGCCUAUGCUACGGUGGAUUGGAGCAAUUUGUUCACUGGAGCCAUUGGAUGGUACGAAGCUGAUGUAGCCUCUGAUCAUUGUCCUCUCCUCAUCACUCUUGAGAAAUUGAAGAAGAAUAGAAGAAGAGAUUUCAAAUUCGAGUCCAAAUGGCUCCUCGACCAAGAAUUUGCAGAGGUGAUUGACGAUGGUUGGAGAACCUCAGAGAUGGGCUCUAGGAUGUUUCGCCUAUCUAGAAAAUUGGCGAACACGAGAAACAAAUUGAGAAGUUGGAGCAAGGACAAAUUCCAGAAUCCGAAAGUUGAGGUUGAGUUGAGGCUUAAAAGAAUAAAGGAAAUCCAAAUGCUCCCACUGACAAAAGAGCUCAAGGAGGAGUUGGCAAUUUUAAAAAGGGAAGUCGAUGAACUAUGGCAAAUGGAAGAAAGGUUUUGGCAUCAGAGGUCUAGGCUCAAUUGGAUCAAUUAUGGAGAUCGAAAUACACAUUUUUUCCACUCCACAACAGUCCAACGUAGAAGGAGAAAUUCUAUUACUAGAAUCAUGAAUAACGAUGGGGUGUGGCUUACAGAGGAGGAGGAGAUUAGAAACUUCAUUCUCAACUCUUACAAGGAGCUUUUUAGAGCAGGGGAAUUGGAAGAUGUAGAAGAAGUUUUGGACUCGGUGGAAAGAGUGAUUACUCCAGAAAUGAACGAAGCUCUAAGUAAACAAGUGUCGAGAGAUGAAAUCGAAGAAGCAGUUUUCUCGCUAGGAGCUUUGAAAGCUCCAGGGAGGUUAAUUCAGGACAAUAUCAUCAUCUCUCAUGAAGCUUUUCAUGCUCUUAAUAAUAGGCGAACUGGAAGGAGAGGUUUCAUGGCCUUAAAGCUUGAUCUUAGCAAAGCUUACGAUAGGGUCAAUUGGAGUUUCUUGAAGCUGUUACUUGACAAGAUGGGUUUCUGUGAGUUUUGGACUACCAGGGUAAUGGAGUGCAUCACAUCAACUCAAUUUUCCAUUGUUCUUAAUGGUGAGAGGGGGGAUUCAUUUACCCCGGAACGAGGCUUGCGGCAGGGAGAUCCAUUAUCUCCAUAUCUGUUCAUCUUGAUCACUGAAGUGUUGUCACAGCUUAUCACAAAAGUCAUAGCGUCGGGGGAUUGGCAAGGUUUUAGAAUUAACAGGCGUUGCCCUCUGCUUUCCCAUCUUCUUUUUGCGGAUGAUUGUCUUUUAUUUUCGGUUGCUGACGAGCGGAACUGCGACACAAUCCUGAAUGUUCUUACCAAGUUCAGAAACGCAACAGGACAGGUUAUCAAUUUUACGAAAUCUGCAGUCUUUUUUUCUUCUAAUACUUCUAGCGAGUGCAGGAGACUUAUUAGAGACCAAUUGGGAGUCCAAGACUUGCAGAUGGACAAUAAGUACCUAGGCCUUCCAACGAUGUGGGGAAGAGGAAAGAAAGCAGCUCUUAGUUUUAUUGCUGAUAGGAUUAAAUCAAAAAUCCAAGGUUGGAAGAGCAAAUUACUUUCGAUGGCUGGCCGAGAGGUCCCUGACCUGCCUUCUUUUCGAAUCACUUCUACCCCAUCCCAGAUUGGAGACCCCAUGGUGGUUAAAGAUCUUAUUAACUUCGACCGCAAGUGCUGGAAAGACAAUCUUCUUCGCAUGGUGUUUAAUCAAACAGAAGUUAAUGCUGUAAAGAAAAUUCCAAUAGGCUCCGAGUCGACCCCUGACAGGCUUAUAUGGCACUUCACCAGAGAUGGGAAUUACAGUGUUAAAUCUAGGUACAGGUUGCUUACUUCAGAGGCAAUUUCUUUUGGGAAUAAUGGACAGAGUUCGAGUAGUAUGCAACAAAGUAGAACAUGGAGGAAUUUAUGGAAUCUUAAAGUUGCCCCCAAAGUCAAAAAUUUUUUAUGGAGAUCAUGUAGAAACAUUGUUCCGACCAAGGAGAAUCUUGUUAAAAGGCAUUGUAGUCUUUUUUCCCAGUGUGAUAGAUGUGGCGCAGAGGUGGAAUCUUUAGAACAUAUUCUCUUUUUCUGUCCUUUUGCCCAGGCAGUUUGGAGAGCUUCUCAUUUCAGCUAUUCCCCGAGGAGUGAAGGUUUCGUUAGCUUCCUAAAGUGGUGGGAAGAAUCAGCCAAUACCAUUGUUAGCUUUGGGAGUUUAAAUGUUGUUGAACUCAUUCGCUAUUUGUGCUGGAACGUGUGGAAAGCCAGAAAUUCUUUUGUUUUUGAAGGGAGAGAAGGCAAUCCCAUUGAGGUUUGGAAUCAUGCGGUGGCUGAAUUUGUGGAGUACAAUGAAAGUUUGUUGAAUGCAAACAGAAUACAUGGGAUGGGACCCACUCAACAAGUGUGGCAACCGCCUCAGAGGGAUUUUAUUAAGCUAAAUUGUGAUGCUGCUUUUGACAUGGCCAGCGGGGAUGCGGGUAUUGCAGUUGUAUGUCGAGACCAUGAUGGAAGUCUGAUCGAUGGUGCUUCUUUCUUCACCAAGGCAGGUUCGAUUGAUGCAGCGGAAGCCAUGGCUUUGCGGUUGGCUGUUCAACUAGCUCGUGACAGAGAAUGGAGGAAUGUUAUUUUUGAAUCUGACAACAAGGGACUCAUAAGAAGACUUAACUGCCACAACCAAAGGGACAGAUGGAAUACACUGACUAUUGAGCUUGAUACUAUCAACAUGGCUAUUUAUUUUGAUAGUUUUUCUUUCUCAUUUGUUCCUAGAAAUUGCAAUAGGGCUGCCGAUUGGGUAGCUAGAAAGACUAAGAAAAGAUGCUGUCCAAUUGAUUGGAUGUAUUCUCCACCAACAGAUCUGGUGGUUUUUUUGAAUAGUUAA